AAGCAUUGGCUUUGUGUAUGUUUAUACAUUCAUACAAAUCAUUCUUAAGCCUGAAAAGGUUAAUAAGUCAACAUGGAAAGAGGAAAUCAAACUGUUGUUUCAGAAUUCCUCCUCCUAGGCUUGCCUAUUGAACCACACCAGCAAGACCUGUUCUAUGCCCUGUUUCUGGCCAUGUACCUCACCACUGCCCUGGGGAACCUCAUCAUCAUUCUCCUCAUUCACCUGGACUCCCAUCUCCACACACCCAUGUACUUGUUUCUCAGUAACUUGUCCUUCUCUGACUUCUGCUUUUCCUCUGUGACCAUUCCCAAAUUGCUACAGAACAUGCAAAGCCAAGUUCCAUCCAUUCCCUAUGCAGGUUGCCUGGCACAAAUGUACUUUUUCCUGCUUUUUGCAGACCUCGAGAGCUUCCUCCUUGUGGCCAUGGCCUAUGAUCGCUAUGUGGCCAUCUGCUUCCCCCUACACUAUACUAGCAUCAUGAGCCCCAAACUGUGUCUCUGCCUGGUGGCACUAUCUUGGCUACUGACCACAGUCAUCUCUUUGUCGCACACACUGCUCAUGGCUCGGCUCUCCUUCUGUGCUAACCAUGUGAUUCCUCACUUUUUCUGUGAUAUGUCAGCUCUUCUGAAGUUAGCCUGCUCUGACAUUCAGAUCAAUAAGUUGAUGAUAUUUAUCUUGGGAGGACUUGUCAUUAUUGUCCCAUUCCUGCUGAUAUUUUCAUCCUAUGCACGAAUAGUGUCCUCCAUUCUCAAGGUCCCCUCUUCUAGAAGCAUCCGCAAGGCCUUCUCCACCUGUGGUUCCCACCUCUCUGUGGUGUCUCUUUUCUAUGGGACAAUCAUUGGUCUCUAUUUAUGUCCAUCGGCUAAUAAUUCAACCAUUAAGGAGACUGUCAUGGCUGUGAUGUACACAGUGGUGACCCCUAUGCUGAACCCCUUUAUCUACAGCUUCAGGAAUCAGGAUAUAAAGGGAGCUUUUAAAAAGGUGUUUUCAAAGAAGAUGGCUAACUUUUCUCUGAGAUAGCGACUCUAAAUAUUAAAACAUAUUUUCAAAUAGUAGGCCCAAUUUCAAAUGGUAUGC